AUGAUCCCACAACCUGCGGCACCGCCCGUCAACCCCUACGCUCCCUACGCAUACGUGGAGGAUAUCGAGGAAGAACCCAAGAGCCCGCCCUUUUCAGCUUCAGUCAUCGACUAUCUCGCAAAGAAAGGCUACCAUCGAACUGAAGCCACCCUCCGAGCGGAAUCUGCCAAUCAAGAAAUUCCAAAAGACGCAGACCUCAAACCUACCCCUGCUGGGCCUCCUCGCUUUUUCGAAUUUUAUUCCCGUUUGAGGGCAUGGACUGAUGACGUUCUUGACACAUACAAAGCUGAAGUCAAGAGACUCCUUUGGCCGAUCUUUGUCUACUCUUACCUCGAACUGGUGAAACAAUUCUAUCCCAAGGAAGCAGCGCGUCUGUUCCAGAAAUUCUCGGAGGAUUUCAAGAAAGAGCAUGAAUAUGACUUGCGAGGCCUUCAAUUCAUCACCCUCCCCGAACAUGGAGAGGACAAGGUUGCUAAGCUGUAUCGGGAGAAUCGGUAUCGUCUGAGCCUCACCCACCACGCGUUUACGGCCUUCAUGGGCUUUCUCGAGAGUCUCCCCGAUGCCGGCUUCAAGAUGUUUCUCGGCAUUGUCCAGAAUAACCUUGACCUGCGUGAGGUCGACCGUGCUGCAGAUGACCGGUUCAGUUUUGCGGCCGUCAUACAACGCAGCAAGGAAGAUCAAGACAUGCCUGCUGAGGAUGAAGGGAUCCCUGGUCAUCGUCCAGGCAACGCCAUUUCUUCCACCGACCCCAACGUGGGUAACAACCUUGCCAAUCUCAAGCUAGGCAAACUUCCCAUGGAGAAAGACCUCGAAGAAGACGUGCGUGGUGACCUCAUGGAUCUCGACUUGGAAGUGCCCCCAAAGGCCGGCCAGGAAUCUCUUGUUCAGGCUCACGAGAGACUCAAUAUCAAACAGGAAGAUGAAGAUGAAGGCCCCAGCCGAGCCGAAAUCCCAUUCCCCCCAUCUACCGCACGCGACGUUGCUAUUGAAGUCCAGAAGGUCCGUGAAGUUCGUGACCGGUUGAAGAUUGAUUCACGCACUGGCGGCGUCGGUCCCGGCCUUAGUGUCGUCAUGUACACUUUCCACAACACCCACGAUGGCAUCAAUUGUAUGGAUAUCUCCGGUGACUCGAACCUCGUCGCCGCCGGGUUUUAUGCCUCUAUCAUCCGUGUUUGGACCUUGGACGGCUCGGCACUGGGACCAGAAGUUGGCGGACAAAAGCAGAACUCCCGACGCCUCAUCGGUCACUCCGGUCCAGUCUUCAGUGUCGCUUUCGCCCCGGCAGCAUACCGAGCAGACCCCAACGCCGCCGACUCCCAUUCCAAAUGGCUUCUCUCUUGCGGUGGCGACGGCACCAUCCGUCUCUGGAAUCUCGAGGCGUUCGCCUGCAUCGUCAUAUACCGAGGCCACGUUGGUCCGGUCUGGGAUGUGAAAUGGGGCCCAUUCGGGCACUACUUUGCAAGUUGCGGAGCAGACAAGACGGCUCGAGUUUGGCUCACCGACAAGAUCCGCCAAGUCCGCCUCCUUGCCGGUCACGACGACGACGUCGACUGUGUCGCAUGGCACCCCAACUCCACCUACGUCUUCACCGCCUCAUCUGACAAGACUGUGCGCAUGUGGUCCGUCACCAACGGCAAUGCUGUGCGCAUGUUCACCGGCCACACCGCCAUGAUCACCUCACUGGCAUGCAGUCGCAACGGCAAGCUGCUCGCAUCGGCGGACGAAACUGGCCUGAUCCUGAUAUGGGAUCUCGGCCCGGGUCGGCUCCUCAAGAAGCUGCGGGGCCACGGCAAGGGUGGCAUCUGGUCGUUGACCUGGAGCACCGAAUCCACGGUUCUGGUUUCCGGCGGCCAAGACUGCACCGUUCGCGCAUGGGACGUGACUGGGCCGGCCAAGGAGGCUGCACCUCCAACCGCCAAACCCGACGGCACCGGCGCUGCCGGAGCCGCAGGCAAAUCAGACGGCACCAACGCGGGUAACGCGGCGGUGCCAACCCCCAACAUCAGCUUGGCUUCAGGCUCCGCUGGUGGCGCACCCGGGGUGGGUGCUACUGGCGGCCACAAGAAGCGUGGCAAGGAAGCCGGGGUCAGCAAUGACCAGAUCUCGGCCUUUCUGACCAAGCACAGCCACGUCUACCUGACCAAGUUCACCAACAUGAACCUGGUGCUGGCCGCUGGCGCCUACCUGCCGGAGCAAUACAAGUGA